UAGUGCUUUGAAGAAGAGGAAAGCCAUCACGAUGGAAGUGAAAUUAGACAUUGUAAAGAGAUCAGAAAAAGGAGAAUCAGUGACAAACAUCGGCCAUGUGCUAGGCCUUAGCCACUCAAUUGUAGCAACAAUUAUCAAGGGAAAGACCAUAUCCUAUAGCAUGUAAAGGGAUCAGUCCCUAUGAAAUCGACUGUGAUUACUAAACAGCGAAGUGGCAUAAUGAUGAGAAGGAAAGAUUGCUAGUUUUGUGGCUGGAAGGCUAGCAUCAGCGGCAUAUACCAGCUAGUCUAAUGUUGAUUCAAGAGAAGGCUAAACAAUUGUUUGAGGCAAUAAAAAGUGAAACGGGGGAAGGGAGUGAAAGUGAAGAGUUUGUGGCUAGUAGGGAUUGGUUCAUACGUUUCAAAGCUCAUGCCAACUUGCAUAACCUUAAGGUGCAGGGUGAAGCUACUAGUGGGGAUGAGAAAGCAGCAAGAAAAUUUCCUAGUAGGUUGCCUGAAUUAAUUAAAGAGGGAGGCUACUGUGCUGAACAAGUGUUUAAUGUUGACGAGAAAGGCCUUUUUUGGAAGUGUAUGCCUAACAAGAUCUACAUCACCAAGGAGGAGAAGACAGCACCAGGCCAUAAAGCUGGCAAGGAGAGUCUGACUUUGCUUCUUGGAGGGAAUGCUGCAGGUGACUUCAAACUAAAACCUCUGUUGGUGUACCAGGCAGAGAAUCCAAGGACACUAAAGGGCAUUUGGAAGGGUCAACUGCCUGCCGUCUGGAGGUCCAACAAGAAGGCAUGGGUGACGCUUUAGAUUUUUGAGGAGUGGCUUUCCAGCCAUUUUUUUGCCAGCAGUGAAGGACUACUGUGUUAACAAGAGACUACCUUUUAAGGUGUUGCUAGUGAUGGACAAUGCCCCUGGUCACCCUGCCCACUUGAAUGACUUUAACCCUAAUGUCAAGGUGGUUUACCUUAAAACCUAAUACCACUACCCUUUUACAGCCCAUGGACCAAGGUGUCAUUGCCUCUUUCAAGGUCUACUAUCUCCGGAGGACAUUUGCUAUGGCCCUUAAUGCCACUGAGAAGGACAAGUACCUGACACUCAGACUUUUGGAAGUCUUAUAACAUUUACAAUGCUGUACAAAACAUUGCUUUUGGCUGAAGUGAGGCGAACAAACUUAAGUGGCGUGUGGAAAAAACUGUGUCCCCUGUUUGUGGAUGACUUCCAUGGCUUUGAGGAGUCAGUGGAGGCUGUAACAGAGAAGGAUGUUGCCAUGGGUAAACAGCUUAAUUUGGAGGUGGAGGCUGAGGAUGUCACAGAAUUACUGGCAUCACAUGGAGAGGAGCUGUCUGCUGAGGACCUCAUUCAGCUGGAGAAGCAGUUGAUUGAAGAGGAAGAUACAGAAACCCCAGAACCCAAGAGAUUUACCACCAAGGGUUUGGCAGAAGGUUUCUCUAUGGUAGAGGAUGGGUUGGCAAAAUGUCAGGCUGAGGAACCCAGUAAUGACAGAUUCAAUAUGGCCUACAGAGCUGUUAUUAUUGCCUUGCAAUGCUAUAGGCAGAUUUUGGAAGAGAAGCAGUCAUUAACCUUCCAUACUAGCCUGGAACAAUUCUUUACGAAGGUAGGGAGGCCUGCAACAGAUCCUGUACCCUCUACAUUAGCUGCUUCUCGAGAUGAAACACCUCUAGUACAGGUAGAAUCAUCUCCAGCAUCUUCUACAUGUUCCUUAGGCAAUCCUGAUUCACCUGACUCAGUAUCUCCAGCACCUUCUGCAGGUUCUUCUGCCUCUCCAGCUUCCUCCUCCCAAUAGGUCACUCUCUCCCACCUUGCAAUGCCCCUUCCAGUGUGCAAGCCAACCACAGGAAUAAAGUGCUGGCAGGUGGUUCCCAAUUUUGUGUGGAGCUUUCAUGCUUUUUUUUUUUUUUACUCAAGUGGAUUUGCCAAGGAGCCUCUGUUCUCAUCUCACAGUCCAAGUGCAAGUUGUUAAAUCUGUUAUGGCUGAGCACAACAUUUGUAUUUGACCUGUCCAAUUCUUUGUGCUUGCUGCUACCUCUUUUUCAUGCAUCUUGUACAUAUCACACUGGGAAGAGAAAUAGGGUUUGGGCUUUGGAAACACAAGCUGAACAGGUUCAAGUCAAACUCAUUAACUGCUAAACUACUCCACAGCAUGUUGCAAUAAACAUACAAUUGUAUACACCAUCUGUGUUUGAAUUACAGCUCUG